AAAACAUCGUAGUUACUCUUCUACAGCACUAUCCCGCGGCCGCCGGCGCCUGUAGAACACACAGUCGUGUUUUCCAAGAUAACUUCAAUUUCGCUGUGACGCUGUCUCGCAGUCUCGCAGGACAGUUUAAGUUGAAUGGUUCGUGUUUGCGCGUCAUUCUUCUCGCGUAUCUCCGCAUUACCUACAAUCAUAUUAUUGUCAUUAUUUCUGAUACAGCUAGCCUACUGCAUUUUUGGGCUUGUCCAAUCCGUACGAUUUCUGUCUUUCGAACCAAUUUAUUUUUUUUCUUUCUCAAUCGCCCGUAACGCGCUCGCCAAACUCAACUGCAGUUGUUUCGUGUGUCAAGACUUAAGAGCAGCUACACUAUAUCGUCGCUCGGGUUGACAUCCCUCAACUCCGGCGAGUAACCGUAGCUGCACCGUCGGCUUCGGCGGUAGUGGCCGCAGGAAAUCUCGCCGCCACACAGAUCAUCUCGUCAGUCGCCAUGCCUCCCAGAUCCCGGAAGAAGCAAUCCAAGCCGGCCGAGCCAGCCAAGCCGACCAAGAAGUCCAUGUCCUACGGGGUGUCCAAGAAGGCCAUGGAGAUGAUAUGUGCCAUGAUAGGCAUGACGGAACCCGAAAAGCCGCCUCAAGUUCGGGGUCGAUUUGUAAAAGGUGAACAAGUCUAUUGCAAAUGGGAUGAUAUUUAUUAUCGGGGCAAAAUUUUGAAGCGUUUAACGGGAACAAAUUAUUACUCUAUUCAUUACUGGAAAUUUACCAAACGUUGGGAUAUGCCAGUGAAUCAGAAAGCACUGCUUAGAUUUGAUACUUUGGGUAAUGAAAAAUAUGUUAAAAAAUACAAUGCUUUUUCUAGAAAAGUAAAAAAAGCAAAAAAGAAAUUGGUGGAAGAAUGUAGAGUAAGUAAUUAAACCAAAUAGAAUUGCUAGAAAUAGAAUGACAGCAAAUUUGAAAUUAGAUUAUUUUUGUAAAUAAAUUAUGAAGACACUACAUCCGCAUGUGUUCCCUCUGUUUCACUAAUGUAAAAAAUAGCAAAAACGGUUAUGUGCUGGUAAGAACAACUCAGGCUGUAGUCCAAAUUAAGUAACCAAAUGUUCACACUAAAAGAGGAGUACAUUAAAUGUGCAAUAUUGUUUUUAAUUUUUCGAUAUCACAAGUACGAAAAAAGUUGUUUAAAAAUGCAUUA